CUCUCUCUCUCUCCACAUUCUAUGAGAAAUACCAAAAAGGAGAGACCGAGACGGAAAUGGAAGCCAUCAAUCACGGAUUUCCCGCUGGGUCUUCAAAUUUUCUGUCCGUGGUGACGGAAGGAAACCUCUCCUAUUUCUCUUCUUUUCUUUUUAGCCUUUGUCCCCUGUUUUCCUGGGUUGAACUCUCUGUAUGGGCUCUUCCGUUAUUUAGAAGUCUAGAAUGAUCGUUCUUGGUGAAAGCUAGAGAGGAAAGAUCGAAUUUUUUGGGUUGGGGAGUGAAGGAUCUGAGGAAAAGAUGAGAACUUUGGGAUUUUGGAUGCUGUUUCUUGUGGCCGGAGUGGCUCUGUCAUUUGUUUCUUUGAGCAGAAGUGGCGGCAAUGCUGGAGAUUCGGCCUAUACAAGCCAUGGAAUUGAAACUUCUCUGCCUAUUGAAGGUGCAACAGCAAUCACUAUGAACAGGAAGUUGAAGGAAAGAAGCUAUACCAUCAACACUGCCAAGAGCACAAUAAACUUUGGAAGAAUAAAUCUGGAGGACUACCCCCGCUUUGACCCAGUUCCAAGUUCAAAGGCAGCGAUAAAACCUGGGCCAAUUGAGCAUGGAGCUCCUCUCAUGCCAUAUGUGCCACGACCAACACCCCCUAACCAUCCCAAAAUUGGGUCUCCUUGAUCAAACCUCUAUUUCAACCAUCACUCAUCAUGCUAUAUCUGUAUUAUCAACCUAACAUUACUGUGUUGGUGUUGUAAUUAUGAUCAUGACAAACCAAAAAUCCUAUGAUUGUAUGACCUUAUGCUGGUAUGCUAUGAAGUAUGAACUAAUCUUGUGUGUAUCUAAGUUUUAAAGAAUUAUCUUUGUU